AUGGCAGAUAGUGUGGUAGAAAUAUUACUAAAUGAACUUUCUCGGGUGGUGAAGGAAGAGGUAAAUUUGCAGAAAGGAGUUAAAGAUGAAAUUAAGAAGGUUAAAGAUGAACUUGCAACCAUGAAAGCGUUUCUAAGAUUUGUUGAUGUCCAACAGGAGAAAGACUUAAGGCUUAAGCCAUGGGUGGAGCAAGUGAGAGAUGUUGCUUUUGAGAUAGAAGAUGUUGUCGAUGACUACUUACUUCAAGUUGCUAGCGAUGAUGAUGCAGGUAGUGCACAUAACACUUGUUUCCGUAGCAUUUGUUCCCCUUUCAAAAAGUGGAAAGCAAGGCACCAAAUCGGUUCUGAGCUACAAAACAUCAGAGGCAGAGUGAGUGAAAUAGCAGAGCGUCCAAAAAGGUAUGGCUAUGAUCCUUCACUCUUCAAGCAAGCUUCGAGUUCAAGCUCAGACGCAGGCCCUUCAGAGAUGGAUCAGUUUCGAAAGAAUGUUGCAGCUUCGGUUGACGAAAGGCAAUUGGUUGGCAUAGAUGCAGCAAAGGAGGAGGUGGUGAAUUUGCUCAACGAUGGUGACCUCAGUCUCAAAGUAGUCUCCAUUGUUGGCAUGGGAGGGUUGGGCAAAACAACCUUAGCCAAACAAAUCUUCCGUGACAUGUCGUCCCGUUUUGAACGCCGUGCGUUUGGCAUUGUUUCCCAAACCCUGAAGGAAGAUGAGUUUCUCAAAGAUUUGAUUGAGCAGCUGUUCUCCAAAGAUGGAGAGAUGUUGGAAAUACAACAACUGUUACAACUGCCAUUACAUCGCCAGAAAGAAAAACUGAGGGAAAUGCUUGAGGAUGAAAGGUACUUGAUUGUGGUUGAUGACGUGUGGAAAACAAAACACUGGGAUCAGAUUAAAAUGUCAUUCCCCAGAAACAACAAUGGGAGCAGAGUGAUUGUUACAACUCGCAUGGCACACGUGGCAAACCACUCUAGCGUGGAGUACGGUGGUCAUGUCCAUCGACUACAACCUUUGACUGACAAUGAUUCUUGGGAUCUGUUCUGUAAGAGAACAUUCCCAAAACAGCCUUGCCCUUCCCAUUUGGAGCCCAUUUGCAAAGACAUUGUUUUCAACAAAUGCAAGGGAGUUCCUAUUGCUAUAUUGGCAAUUGGUGGCCUUUUAAGUACCAAAAACUUGGGUGACGUUGACGAGUGGAAGAAGGUUCAAGAGAGUCUUGACAUUGAGUUAGAGGAAAAUCCUGAACUAGAAAUGACCAAAAAGAUACUCUCUUUGAGCUUUGAUGAUUUGCCUGAUCACCUCAAACCUUGUUAUAUGUACUUGUGUAUUUUCCCAGAAGAUUCUCGCAUAAAGUGGACGAGAGUGAUUAGGUUGUGGAUCGCAGAAGGUUUUGUGGCAAAGAGAGGUGGAAGAACGGUGGAGGAAGAUGCUGACAGCUAUUUGACUGAGCUUGUUAGCAGAAGUUUGAUACAAAUAGUUAAAGAAAGAAAGGAUGGAAGCGGAAGGGUGAAGUGGUGUCGCAUCCAUGACUUUCUACGAGAUAUUAUUCUCUCAAAGUCAAAAGAAGAGAGAUUUGUUCACAUGGCAGAUACGGUGGAAGUUGGAGCAAGGCGAUUAUGUAUUCAUGCAAAUGCAAUAAAGAGAGGCAUCGACAUUAACUUACUAUUGACAUUGCCUCAACGACUUCGUUCUCUGUUAAUGUUCUUUAAUAUCCCUGGUGAUGAGGCUGAGGAAAAUGCAAAUGAUACUUUCUUAUCGCGUGAUAUUGGCUUCAAGUUUAAUAAGCUGCUUAGUGUGUUAGAUUUGGAAAGAGCUCCUUUAGAUGCAUUUCCUGAAGAAAUUUGCACCUUGCUCCUCUUAAGGUAUUUGUGUUUGAGAAAUACUAAAAUCUCAAAGCUUCCAAAGUCUAUUGGGAAUUUGCAAAGGCUAGAAAUGUUGGACCUUAAGUACACCUUAAUUGAUGAGUUACCUCAAGAGAUAUCAAUACUGCAUAAAAAGCUUCGCCAUCUUUUAAUUUCUCGUUGCCAUCAAAAGAGAACGGAUUAUAGGUUACGUAAUUUUGAAAAGAUAAUAGUAUAUUUGAAUGGUGAAAAAGGCACAGAAGAUUAUAUUUCAUCAUAUGAUCAUCAAUCAUGUGGUGUUAAGAUAACAUGCGACAUUGGAAGGUUUGAUUCAUUACAAAAGGUGUGCUUUCUUGAAGCUCCAGAGAAGAGUGAGUGGAUGAAGGAUCUAGGGAAGUUGAGCCAGUUGAGAAAGUUGGGUUUGGUUAAAUUGAGAGAGGAACAGUGGAAAGAAGUGUGUUCAUGCAUUUCUAGAUUAACAAAUCUGCGCUCUCUAAUGCUUCAAACAGAUUACUGGUUUGAGUUGGAAGAUGUGUGUCCACCUCCACACCUUCAAAAAUUACAUUUGAAUGGAAGUCUAAAGGAGUUACCGAGUUGGGUAAGUGGUUCAUCUCUAAAGAACUUGCUUGUAUUGAAGUUGAUGAAUACGAGACUGAAGAAGGACCCUGGCCCAUCUCUCAUGGGUUUGCCCAAUUUGAGUAGGCUUGAGCUUUAUAAGGCUUUCGAUGAUGGCAUAAAGAUGCGAGUGGUGCUCCCUGGUAAUCCUUUCCCAAGCCUCAUCACGUUGAGAGGAUAUUCUGAUUAUUAUGUUGGUUACAGGGCAUCCUCCAAACACUUUCCCUUGCCUGACAUUGAGAACUUGUGGGAAUGGGCUGCUAGUUUGACUGACUUCUAUACAGCCAUCGAUAGCAGUAUUCUAGUCGGUCUAGACAAACUCAUCCCCCUAGCAUCAGUUGAUUAA